CACUGUGACUGCUUGAACGAAAACGGGGGAAGCCUGGGCAAGAACCGGCAGGUCUGUCGUCGGAAACUCACAAUGCUACAUGAGCAAUGAUAAGAUUGAAUCCGAAAGAAACGUGCUCACCUCCCGAAGAGCGAUAAGUUCGCGGCCACGCCCUGUUUUCCACCGACCGGAGCCCGUACAAAACUGCUGGCUGCGGCACAGCGGUGCGCGGUUUGAAACCCUCCAGGGCGGCUAGCGGCUCUAACAGCGGAGAGAGGAAGCAGGAUUGUCGGCUGCCUUGAGAACCAUGCGAGAGUACAAAGUAGUGGUUCUCGGUUCCGGGGGUGUCGGCAAGUCAGCACUCACCGUCCAGUUCGUGACGGGAUCCUUUAUAGAGAAAUACGACCCAACGAUAGAGGAUUUCUACAGGAAGGAGAUCGAGGUGGACUCUUCUCCGUCCGUGCUGGAGAUCCUGGACACGGCGGGGACCGAGCAGUUCGCCUCCAUGCGAGACCUGUACAUCAAGAACGGCCAGGGUUUCAUCCUGGUUUACAGCCUGGUCAACCAGCAAAGCUUCCAGGACAUCAAACCGAUGAGGGACCAGAUCACUCGGGUGAAAAGGUACGAGAAGGUGCCGAUGAUCCUGGUGGGAAACAAAGUGGACCUGGAUGCGGAGCGGGAGGUGUCGGCCGGUGAGGGGAAGGCACUGGCGGACGAGUGGAACUGCCCGUUCAUGGAAACCUCAGCCAAAAAUAAAACCUCGGUGGACGACGUGUUCGCAGAAAUAGUCCGACAGAUGAACUAUGCGUCCACGCCAAAUGGCGACGGCCGGUGCUGCUCGGGUUGUGUCAUCCUCUAAGACACACACACAGACAAUCCGAAAGUUUGAUUCUUUGCUCAGUUUUACGUUUGCAAUGUGCGUUGCAGCAAAUCUGUACCACUGAGCUCUUCUCGACGUCUCACCCCGGCCUUGGAGGAGAACGAAGGGGAGGAAUGCUGCAGGGGGACUGGAUGAAGAAGAAGAAGAGGAGGAGGGGAACCGCUGAGACAGAGGGAGGGGUCCACUCUUCAGGAAUUCUCCUCGGUUGGAGGAUCUGCUGCACCAUUGAUGUCAACACAAGAGCCAGAGUCUGAGGUUCAGCAGAACUCCUUCUCGCUGACUCCAUCUGUUCUCCCAACUGGAACUAAACCCCACACGGAAAAACUAAGAAAUGGAGAGGCAAACUCAUAAAUGGAUAUUUCUAUAUAAGAAGAAGACAGGGAAUAGAGUAUAUUUUGUUUAAGCCGCUGCACAGGUUGUGGGCGCCCUGACCCAAACUGGAGCGACGCCCCUCAACACUCCAUAAUUUAUCCAAAGUCCGAAGAAGUCUGGUGGGGGGGGAGGGAGGUGUCAAAGUGCCACUCUUAUUUUUAUUUGUUUCCUCCUCCUUUUUGUGCGAGGGGAUCCUGACUGAAGUGAUACGGGGACAUGAUCGCCCUUAUAUGUCGAGUGCCUUUCCAAAAGAAAAAAAAAAAAAAAUCAGCAGUUCAGAUUUAGUGCCAACCUUUAUGUGUCACUUGAAAAAGCAGCGCCAAUCAAUCCACACUUCUUCUGGGCCAUCUUAUAAAGAUCAAGUCCGUAAACGAAUACAAGACUAUAGUGAUUUGUUUUUUCUUCUUCUGCUAGUUGAACGGUGAUUUUUUUUUUUUUUUUUUUCUCUCACGAUGUUUUUAAGCGAACCUUCUAGAAAUACCUGCAUUUUGCAAUGUCUGUCGGUCUGGCCAAAUCUUGAAAUGCACAGGUACUGGACAACAAGACACAAUAAUGAGCCUCCAGACCAGGAAAAUCAAAGGAAUUCUGUUUAUUCUCUUUAUUUUGUUGUUUUUAAUGGUAACAAGAAAAAGUAAUGAUGUACUGUUGACAAAUCUAACUUGAUUGUAAAUUUAAUUUCAGACUGGUCUUUCAACUGUGGGGCUGGUUGUUUAAAAAAAAAAAAAGGACUUUUAAUACAAAUUGAGUUUUUACAAAAAAAAAAGGAACAAAUGUGUUUUGUUUUGUUUUUCUUCUGGAGCAGAUGUUUGAGGGCGCGGACAUAAAAUGAGUUUGAUAUUUCACAAACUCUUACGAUCACAUCAAGGAUUCAAGUGUGGUAGGCUGCAAGCUCAUAGGGGUACAAUACACAGUCAUAAAACCU